UACUGAAGAAACGAAAGAGAGAAAAGAAGGGAGUGGUAGCCAUUGCUAGUGGCCGCCAUGUUUUUCACCAAGUGGGGUGUUUAGAAGGCCGGGGUGAAAAAAUCAUCUCUCAGGAUAUGCAGUGUCAAAAUGGGAAGGAGAUUUAAUUUUUCCUUCAUAAAGACAUGCCAUCCCAUCAACGACAGCGGAACCUCCACCCAGGUACGACAACCGGAACUACUGUAACUUAAUAAAUAAAAAAACAAACAAUAGAAAUCUUAAAAAAAAGUCAACAUCUAAGAACUCGUUUAAAUAAAAGAAUAAAUAUAAAAAAAAAAAAUAAAUAAAUAAAUACAAGAGCAAGAACAACCAACAGGAUUUACCGAUAAUCUUCAAUCUCGAAUCUAAAAUCUUCAAAUUAAAGGAACAAAAUUCAACGGAUUCAUCGUUACAGAUUAAAAAAUGUGGUUUUAUGAGUGAUUAAUUUUAUUAGUAACAUAUUUAUUAAAAGAGUUUGAAGUAAUUUCGUGGUGGUGGUGACCUAAGUCACUUUUGAGGACGGACAAUAAAUUUAAUUAAAAAAAUUUAUUGAGAGAUGAUCACCCCGGAGGCAGUGGAGUUAGCAAAAUUAAAAGGUUCAUGGUGUAGAUCGCUGCUUAGGGAAUGAGGAAUCCGGGCCUACGUUUAGUCGGGCUCACGACGUCACCAAGUGGUGGCGGCGUAUUUGGCACACGGGCCGAGGAGGAGUUGCGACAUUGGCUUGAAUCACGCUUGGAUGCAUUGGGUAUAGACCCGGUUGCGUACUCGCGUUUUGUACUUAGCCUUUUACGUCGCCCCCCCGACUCGGCCCUGAGUCCUCUCGACGAAGACAUUGACUUUGCCGUGGUUAAUCGUCCUGCCGGUGGCGGAGGUGCUGGUGCUGGAGGACGUCGGCAUCACCAUCGUGUCAGACCUAGAGCCCGGAUAUCUGGUGAUCGUGAUCAGCGACGUGCUGUUGUUCAAUGUCUCACAAAUGCUGCUGAUCAGAAAUGUGGAGUUGAACCAUUGGUUGAUGAAUUGUGUGCUAAAUUGCGGAAUCUCGAAGGUAGCAGUGGGUCUACAAAUGAUACUAGUGACACUGAAACGGAAGAAAGUAAAAGAAAAAAUCUAGAAAGUGUCAACAAUAGUAAAUUUGAGACCUUAACACCUCGAGAUAAAGCGUUGAGAUAUUACGCAGCUUUUCCAGCCUUACAGCCUGCCACCCCAAAGAAAAAUAAUAAUUAUAAUCAUAAUAAUAAUAAUAUUAUUAAUAAUAAUAACAAUAAUAAUAAUUAUAAUAAUAACAAUUAUAAUAUUAAUAAAAAUAAUAAUAAUCUCAAGAAGGAUAAAACCUACAGUGCCACCAUUAAUAAUUUGAAUAAAAAAAAUUACAAUAAUAAAAAUAAAAAGAACGAUAAGAAGAGGAAAACUAAAAUGUCCAUUGUGAGUAUAUUAGAUUAAUUUUAGCUUUUGUUU